GUCAAACGUGUCAAAUGUCAAAUUGUGAACAUACCGCGCACAUUGUACACGUGUUUUAUCCCUUGCUAUUCGUGUAAUUCUAUAGUAAUAAAAGAAUUCUCUACGUUUAUUAGCAAUAUUAAUACGUUAGCUAUAUAAUUACUUUCACUAUUUGUGCCAAUACACAGUAUUGAUCAUGUAAAUAUUAAAACUAAGCUAUGUCUAAAGAAGGUUAUAGUCCAGAGAAGAAGGAAAGUGACAACAAGGUCGUAUUAGAAAGAUUACAGACGUAUCUGAAAGAUAAAAGAACUAGCGAGUCAUCAGAACCAAGUCUGGGUUACAACAAACCCAGCACCAGUUUUGAACCGAGUCCACAUACGGUACCAAGUAUAGAGGAUAGCAGUAAUAUAUUACGUGAAGUUCUAAACCAUAAAAAGGCGGAACUGCUCAGGCAACCUGAGAUAAUAGAGAUUUUGAAGUCCGUGUCCUCAGACCUUAAGAAAUAAUGGCAGUAGCUGCACAAAAAAGCGUCGCAUCUUUGAUGCAAAAAACUUUGGACCGGCAAGCGGCAUUGGCGCGCAUGCGGUUGAAGUUCUCGAAGAACCAAAUAGAACAAAUACUGCUAAAUUACGCCAGGAAAGGGAGCGCCGGCCCCUAUGGUGAAUUGGUUAAAGUUUUGAGAGACUACCCGUUGAACGACGAAAACUACAGAAUAGUGUUUGAUGAUUGUUUGUCAUGUGUUGUUGUUUUGGGGAGAGAUUUCAAGCAGAUUGUGGAGGCGGUGUGCGACGUGGAAUGGGCCAGCCGGAGCGAGGAGCUGGUUGGGCUGUUCAGUAGGUUUGUGCUGAGCCUGGUCUCCGCGCACUCUUACCACUGCCAACAAGUCAUGACAUGCUUAGUCAAGUUGUUUAAAGCUGAUGAUGAAGGCUGGGAAGACAGUCCACCACCUGAAAAGGUCCACAGAUGGUCUAAUAUCCACACUGUCAUAGCCCAAAUUGUAGCCAUAAUACCCAUGUGUAUAGACCUCCUAAUGCACAUAGUGAUAGAACAAUUUCCUUAUUACAAAGCGGGAUGCAAUGCUAACAGGGUGUACAUACACAACUUAAUAUGGAUGAGCAAAUAUAUACCAUCACUAAGAGAACAGAUUAUGGCCGCCAUUAUAAACAGAAUGAUAGUAAUGGAUGUCAAUAUAGUAGAAAGGGAGAAGAAUAAGUCUCAAAAUGAAACCAUUUUCGAAAUGGACGUGGAGGAACGCGAUGAAGUGUCCGACGCUUUAGACUACAGCAUGUUGGAGAUGUUACAUUGGUUGGAAGAUGAAAGGAGUCCUGUUUUAAACCUGCUUUGCAAUGUUUUUGAAAGGAUUGUGCUGCCUACUUAUGGUAUUAGACACGUCCAAUUUCUAAUACUGUAUGCAGUGUCAAUAAACCAACAAUGCGCGGACCGAAUCCUGAACAAUUUGUGGGUGGUAGCAGCUGGCUUGCAAGGCCUAGGUCCCGGCGCCUUCGCGACUCGACGCACAGCCGCUAGCCAUCUCGCCGGACUCCUCGCUCGCUGCGUCAGAGUUCCCAAUACUAGACUUGUAUUCUACUUAAAGACUAUGGCGGACUGGUGUCAUAAGUACAUCACAGCAACCCAAGAGUCCACAACUGCCACAGACAGUAUGAAAGCUCAUGGAGCGUUCCACGCAAUAUGCCAUGCGAUAUUCUACCUUGUUGCGUUUAAGAAUCAUCACCUGUUUAUGAGUAAAGAAAAUUUGAACUUCGUGGAGUCGCUGAACCUGCCGCGGCUGGUGGCGUGCGCGCUGAACCCGCUGCGCUCGUGCCCGCCGCCCGUGGCGCGCGCCUUCGCGUCCGUCACGCGCGCGCACCAGCUCGUCUACUGCGCGCCCGUCAUGGAGCGCAACGCCCGCAACUCGCUGCAGGCCUCCACCGCCGUGCACUACGACGAGUGGUUCCCGUACGAUCCCUAUACGCUGCCGAGGUCCGGCAAAAUAAUAUGGCCGCUCUGCAUAGAAUACAAAGACUUUCUAAAUGUUGGUGAAGAUGAAACACAAUACACAUCGAUGAAGAAAAAGCUGGAAGGCGAUGACGACGACUUCUUGAUGUCCGCUAGCCCGUGCCAGAGACUAGCUAGCUCGCUGUCGAAUGGCGUAUCACCGGGCUUCAGAACCAGCGAGAAUAUAUUAAUCAAUUAGAUUAGAUAAUUGUAGAAACAAGUUGUUUGCGUCUGUAAUUAUUGCUUUUACCCUCCGAUUUUAAUAAACAAUUACUAUCUUUUUUUAAUUAAUGUCAAAAUGAACCAAUCAGAAUAAAAAUUUUGGACACUCUUUCACAUGACUUAUUUGAUUGGUUCGUUCUCAGCAUCAGAUUAAAGAUAAAGAUUGGAAUUGAUUAUGGGAAUCUAUUUGUAGGGAUAAAAAAGCUUAAUAAUUUGUUAUCGACUUAGUACAGCCAGCUUUAAUAAUUUCUGGUCGAUAAAUGUUUAACUGAUUUGCAAAUUGUCAUAGAGAAUAUGUAAUUUAACUUUAAUAUUUACAAACGACUUGUUUCGCUAAUUUACAUGUUUGUAAAAUACUGAUAUCAGUUAUAGUAUGCCUACUUAGAUAGAAGUAUUAACAAUAUACUCUGUUAGAUUUUUAUAUGAAUGUUAAGUAUGCUGCAAUUACAAAAUGUUACUCUUUUGUGUUAAAUUAAGAUAUAAGUAGCCAUGAAUAUAACAGCAAUAUUUCCACUUAGUAGUUAGCUAUAUGAUUUUAUUAUGUUUAUAGAAUGUCGGUUUUUAUAAAUGAACAUAGACUUACCUGGUGUUCAUAGUUAAAUGUUGUACUUUGUUUCAGCGAUCUAGUGCUAUUGUUAACUUUAACAAUAAAGAUAUAUCACCAUACUACCUAGCUACAUUUAUAAUUGUUGGUGUUAAAUAACUAUAAAUUUCAUUGAGGAUUAAAUAUUUUGAUGUUACUUUUAUAUAGGUCAGGAAGCCCUAUUCCGUCUACGGUGUAAAACGAUCUCUUUGCAAUUACGGGCGUUCCAAUCGGAGGAAAGCUUUGAUAGCCGUAUAGAUAAAAGCGCCAAAAAUCCCCUACUUAACCCUUAAACCACAUAUGAAAGAUAGACCUAGAUGGAAUUGGGCCCCUUGACCUUAUUCAAUAUUUUCUUGGAAGUAUUUUUUCAGAAGCUGCAAUGUUUGUCACAGACAGACUCAGAUAUCAAUUUAAUAUUUUA